CAUUUCAAUCGGACCAGUUUUCCUACUGAUUUUAUAUUUGGAACAGCUUCAGCUGCUUACAUGAUUGAAGGAGCAACAAAUAUCGAUGGCAGGGGACCUAGUACAUGGGAUACUUUCAUCAAGAAUCAUCCAGAAAAAAUUGCGGAUAGUCCUGAUGCUAAAAAUGCAGAUGUAGCCUGUGACUUUUAUCAUCGAUAUAAGGAGGACGUACAACUGUUGAAAACGAUUGGAGUUGACUCAUUCAAAUUUUCUAUCUCAUGGAGCAGAGUAUUACCGAAGGGCAAAGUAAGCGGGGGAGUGAACUCACAAGGUGUCAAAUUCUACAAUGACCUCAUCAACGAGCUCUUGUCCAAUGGUAUCAAGCCCUUAGUGUUUCUCAUGCACAAUGAUCCUCCUCAAGCACUUGAAGAUGAAUAUGAUGGACCUUUAAGUACCAACUUUGUGAAUGAUUUUCAAGAUUAUGCGGAUUUUUGCUUCAAAACUUUUGGUGAUCGAGUCAAAUUAUGGGCUACAAUGAACGAACCAAUUUCAAUAAGCAUCAACGGGUACAGCACUUCUACUUUUCCACCUGGAAGAUGUUCGAGUUACGUCCCGAAUUGCACCGCCGCCGGUAACUCCGCUACUGAACCUUACAUUGUCGGCCAUAACUUGCUUCUUGCUCAUGGCGCCGCUGUCAAAGUAUACAAGGACAAGUACCAGCCAUAUCAAAAGGGAAAAAUUGGGGUCACAACAUAUAGCACUUGGAUGGAGCCAAAAUACAACACAUCUUCUAGCCGCGAGGCCACCUCUAGAUAUAUUGACUUUGUGUUUGGAUGGUUCGUCCAUCCGGUUAUAUUUGGUGACUAUCCCGAGAGAAUAAAGUCUGUAUUGGGGAAUCGACUACCAAAAUUCACUGAAGCUCAAUCCAAGUUGGUAAAAGGGUCCCUUGAUUUUCUUGGUAUAAGCUAUUAUUCCGCAGGUUAUGCAGAAAACCUUGCCUCAGCAAACGGUGUCAACGUCACUUUUUGGACUGAUGUGCAUGCCAAAACCACUAGUAUACAUCCUAUACUGUGCACCCAUGACAUGAUGGAUAUUGUUGACGGUUCAGAACCGCGCCCUUUAAAAAAGAUCAUAGAUGUUGAAGGCAAGGAAAUUCCUAAUCCAAAAGGCCCUCCUCUAGGCCACUCUCCUUUCACCAAUCAACCGUAUAGUCGUGGGUCUGCUUUACACAACCAGGGGAAUCAGUCUCUCAACAGGCAAUAUAACCAAGGUCCUCUGCAGCAAGCUAGUAAUUUCCUUCAUGGCUCAAGAGCAUCAUGCCAGAUUUGUGGUAGGACUAACCACUUGGCCAUUGAUUGCUAUCAUCAGAUGAAUUAUGCCUUUCAAGGAAAGAAUCCACCCACACAACUAGCAGCUAUGGUUGCUCACACCAACUUUACCAAUGAAGAACAACAAUGGCUGACAGACAGUAGAGCUAAUGCUCCCAUUACCAAUCAGUUAGAGAACCUGCAAAUUCAACAACCCUUCCAACAGACAGAGAAGGUGGCAAUAGGCAAAGGGACUGGUCUCCAAAUUGAAACACUGGCUGAACUCUAA